UAUUUUGUCCUCGUCUUGAGCUUGUAGGAUAAUCAGAAGUCUAGAUUAUUGACAGAAAAUGGUGAUACUGUUGCUAUUGGAUGAAUAAUGGCAACAAGUGGAAAAAUUCAUUGUGUUGACUUAAGAAAGGGUAACUAUCGUGUGCAAGUGGAUGAAUGCUGCAAUGAUGAGGCUAAACUUAUUUUUCCUAUUGGAGAUGAGAUUUCUUUAGUACGUCAUGCUGUCGGCCACUAUGUUGAGUGGCCAUCUCAUCUGAUCAUUCCUUACGAUUCAGAUUUGCUACCUAAGAAGACAAAGAAGCAAAAAAAAAAAUGGUUCACCAAUACCUAAUGCCCCAAUGACACAAGAGAAAUCUCAUCCUUCCCAAAAACUUCCUAGUCAAAAUGAAGUAGUGUCAAUUAAAGCUAGUGCCCCGAUACUCUUCAAAAUUCCUAGUGGGGUUCCUCGCUUUCUCAAGUGUCUAUUAACUAUCGUGAAGUAUGUGGAGCCAAGUUUCAUGAUCAAAAUUACGAUGGAUUUUGAGAUAUUCAGCCAUGAGAAUGAUUUAUAUAUCUCACAAGAAGAUAUAGUCCAUGUUAGCUUAAUGGAAGAGAUUGGAGCAUCAUGUGUAUCGUUAUAUAUCAGGAUUUUAUACUUCCAAUUAGUGAAAAGAGAGAUCAGUCACUUUUUUCGUUUUGUUGAGCCAAUUUGGUUAUCAAAUGUUGGAUCCACUAAAGAAGAACGAGUUGAAUGGGUAUCAAAGCGUAUGCUUGAUUCAAAUCCGGGUCAGAUGUGGUUGUUGCCAUAUCAUAAGGGAAAGCAUUGGAUGCUUAUAAUAAUUGAUUUUGAUCACCAAUUGUGCUAUUUCCUGGAUUCUCUUCACAAUUUUCUACCAGAUGAAAUCAAAUCUCUCAUUUCUCGUGUCUUUCAACAUUUACGCACAAAUAAUGCAAAAACUAAGGAAGUCGCGUGGAGAACAGUUAAGUGUCCUCGUCAACCAUUACAAUCAGUACAUUGUGGGUUCUAUGUUAUGAGGAUGAUGAAGGACUUCGUGACAAAUGAGUUUUCAAUGCGUUGGCUAACUAGUAAUUGUGGCGGGAAGAACUAUUACACAAAGGAUGAGAUCAAUGAAGUACGUGAAGAAUGGGCACAAUGCGUCAUGGAUUUGAUGAGUACUACAUAGGUCCACUCACUUUUGUUAACUUAGACUUUUAAUGAGAUAUACUUACAAUGUUAACUUAGACUUUCUUGAAGAUAUACACACUUUUGUUGCCUAACUAUAGUUUACAAUGCUUAUGUGAGUCAUUUUGUAAUUAACUUAAGACUCGUUAUUUUAGAUACUUAGUUCAAAUUCUAGUAUUUUAUAUUA